UGUGUUUUGUGACAAUGUUUUGUUGUGUUUUGUGAAAAAAAAUUGGAUAAUCUGAAAGCCAUGGACGAUGCAUUAUCUCGGACGACCGGUUCAGUCGUGUUGCAAGUAGGAGCCCUGGAGCUGCUGGCUCGGUACUCCAUGAACUCGGGGCGAGCUACCAGCGUGCUUUCAUCGCUGCAUGAGUUCCGGACGCAGGAGGCGGAGCAGACGGGCGGGAAGCAGUGGAACUGGAAGUACUUGAGGGAUCAGUUCUAUCAAAAGGAUCUAGAAGGUCUCUACAGAAAGUACGAUGACAAACUCAAAGAAACUCUAAUUUAUAUUUACGUAUCACUAUUACUAUUUUUUUCGACAAUCCACAUAGGACUUAUUGUAUUGGCUACUUACAGCGAGCAAGUACAAUGGCGCUCAACGUACCUAUCAUUAGGAAUGUAUUUGCUAAGAAUUUCCAUACCAUUACUGUCGUUCUGGAAAUGUUUCUACGAUCCACUGAAGAGGCGAUGGUUUUGGAUACCGAUCUUGGUCGCAUUUGUAUUGGCAGCCGAUCUUGUGUUGACAGACAUAGCCAUAACCAUCUACAGCUCAGUCGAAGGCAUGUCGCUCAGGCCAGCUUACCCCACGAUGGCUCUGGUCUCCGUAUACAUAUUCCUGCCCAUCCGGAACAACUUUCUGGCGAUACUACUGGGUGUGAUCGUCAGUGUAGUAUACACAUUGGUGUUCACCUUCUUCACGUAUGUCGGGGACCCGCAAAUCGAGGUGGUGGUAACAUGCGACGUGAUAUAUCUUCUGGGAGUGAACCUCAUGGGGAUAUAUUUUCGUCUGAUGAACGAGAUUGUCACGCGACGGUCGUUUUUGGACCGUCGAGCUUGCGUCGAGAGCACGCUUAGACUGAAGUUUGUUAAAGACCAGGAGGAGCGUCUCAUGUUGAGUAUACUACCGGAGCACAUCGUGUCUAGAGUGAGACAGGACAUCAGGAACAUGUUCUUGGACAUUCGAUCACAGAGACACGGACAUAACAUGAAAUCCUUCAGUCAACUCUACGUAGAGGAGCAUGACAAUGUAAGCAUCCUAUACGCUGACGUGGUGAACUACACCAAGAUCUCUACCACGCUGUCUCCGAUGAGGAUGGUGGAGCUACUGAACGAACUGUUCGGGAGGUUCGACGAGGCUUCUGAAGAGCACGACGUCCUACGGAUCAAGUUCUUAGGCGACUGCUACUACUGUGUCAGCGGUGUGCCCAAACCCACCACACAGCACGCCAAGAACUGCGUGGAUCUUGGACUGGAGAUGAUCUCUAUUAUCAAGGAUGUAAGAGAGAAAAGAUCGUUGAACAUCGAUAUGAGAAUAGGUGUGCAUUCUGGGAAAAUCCUUUGCGGGCUGAUCGGUAUUAGAAAAUGGCAGUUCGAUAUCUGGUCUAAGGACGUGACCAUAGCCAACAAGAUGGAGUCCACCGGCAAAGCGGGUAAAGUGCACGUGACCAAACAAACUUUAGAGCUAUUGCUGGACUACGCCAGGGAAUACAUUAUAGAGCCAAAUUUCGCUUCACAGAACGACCCGUUUAUAGCCAAGAAUAAACUUGAAACCUAUCUGCUAUCUAGACCUCCUAAGCCUCUAGCCGACUACAAGCCAUUUCGCCGAGCUUCUGUGGGCUUUAACAAAAUUAUUACAUCUCGUUCCCGGGCUAGACGAUUGGAGAACAGAAAUUCUGCCACUUUUCGUCGAACCACAUCCUUCAUGGAUGAAAACCUGGUAGAGUACCAGCAAAUGUUGAAGGCUGCUGACGCACAGAUGGCUAAAGAGAUUGAGGACAUGACUAAUGGCAAAGAACAAGUACGUAACGAGCUAAAACUGAACAGAAUCACAUUGAUGUACAAGGAUAUAAAGCUAGAGAAGUCAUUUCUCCUGCAGCCCGACCCCCUGUUCAAGUAUUACAUGACGUGCUGCCUCAUUAUAUCAAUGUUGAUAUUGCUUAUCAAUGGUCUUACUACAAAUUGGCUAGCGAAUUUUCAAUGGCCAGCGUGGUUAUCGUUUGCCAUACUAAUAACCUUCUUAGCGGUUAUGCAGCCUCUGUCCUGGUUUCAAUUCUUAUGGAGGAAACAUAGAGGAAUCGAUGAACCAACCAACGUCCAUCUUCGGAGGUUCUAUGACCUAUCCCUGGGUAUAAUUAAGAGUCCAAAGAUCAGGACUGCUAUGUACUUGCUGCUUAGUCUGGGUUUGGCUGCGACGUCCAUUAUAAACGUGAUUGGCUGCGAAGAAGCAAGAGUAGAACCGUCAUCAGAAACUGUUUUGUCGAACUGCGUAUCUUCGUGGCACGUGACCCAAUGUUGGAGUUUAGCAUUACUCCUCAACUUCCUCUUCAGCAGAGUAUUCUUCAUCUUCAAAUGGAUCGUCGCCGGCGGCAUGACAGUCUUCUACCUCUGGAUCGUUUGGGAGAUGAAAACCUCUUUGUUCGCGAUAGACGUUACUUGGAACAUCGGCCUAGAUCCCAGAGUAUCCCAUACUCUGUCAGUCAUAUUUAUAACUGUCACUCUAUACUGGAUCGACAGGACGACAGAGUAUAGGAAUAGAUUAGAUCAUCUGUGGCAAAUACAGCUGAGCGAGGAACAAGAGGAGGCAGAGACGAUGUUAAAAGUCAAUAACAUGUUGCUUGAAAACAUCUUGCCUGCGCAUGUUGUGCAAGUCUAUUUGGAUCUAAAUAGAUCUAUAGAUGAAUUAUAUUACGAGAAGUAUGACAACGUAGCAGUAAUGUUUGCAUCACUAACUGACUACAAACUGGGACUCGAGAGCGACGCUGAGAUGAGCGACAAAUUCGUAUUGAGCAUAUUGGAUGAAGUUAUAUCGGAUUUUGACAGACUUCUACUGACAGGUGCAUCCGUGUACAAGGUGGAAAAAAUAAAAAUGGCUGGAUGGACGUAUAUGGCUGCUUGUGGUCUAGAUCCAAACAGAAGAGAUUCAUUCGACUCAACAUCAUACGGUUCGGCUAUGGAUAGAGGUCACAACGCACCAUACAAUAGAGCCAUAGUAGUAACUAUGGUCGAAUUCGCUGCAGCCAUGAUGAUGCAACUACAAAACUUCAACCGUGGAUCUUUUCAAAGUUUUGAAGGGUUAAAUCUACGUAUAGGAAUUUCAAAUGGUGUGGUGGCUGCUGGUGUAGUUGGUUCAUUGAAACCACUCUACGAUAUUUGGGGUAACGCUGUAAACAUGGCUUCACGUAUGGAUUCAACUGGGGAAACUGGUAGAAUACAAGUAACAGAAAACACUGCAAAUAUUUUAGGUGAAUGUGGUAUAGUCACAGUAUACCGAGGCGAAACAUUCGUUAAAGGUAGAGGAUACGUAAACACAUACUUUGUACCACUCGACGAAGAUUUCAAUUUAGUAAAAAAAUAUAAAGAAUCAGGUGUUACGCAAGCUGAAAAUAAAAAUUUUAAUAGAACUACACCAUAUGCUAAUGCUUGUGGAGAUACAGAUAGUUUUUCCUCCCAAUCAGAAUACUCAACGUUUGAUCUAGAAAAUUUCUCAAGUGAUGAAGAUUUUACAAAUGACUAUACCGAAACGAAAGAAGAAAGUAGCGAAACUAGUGGAUAUGAAAAUAUUGACAACGAUGUGAGAAUCAUAAGUGAUGUUGAAGAAGGCAUUGAUAUAACAAUGCAAAAGGAUGACGAUAGUAAAUUAGAAUCGGAAGUGAUGGAAACUAGAAUUUGAUGUGAUUAGGAUUCGAAUGAUUAAAUUAAGUUUAUUU